GUAUUACGACUUCCUUUGCAGUUGUAUGCACGAUAACCGUGGCUUCUGAAGCGGCUGCCCGUUUGGCGGAGGGGCACACCCCGACGCCUGCGCGAGCUGCCAAACGCGCUUACUCGAACCUUCUCGGCAGCCCGGCGACCUUCUUGAGUAGUAUAUUUCCUACUCUAGGCAUCCUAUCACCACAACAAUAUCCCAAGUAUGAAUCGAUGGGCACAGAAAAAGCGACCAGUGUCGGAGAGAUGCACAGUUUCGUUCCAACGGCAACCGCGGAAGCAGCCUCGCCCGCGCCAGACAACAAGCGGAGACGAAAAGGGCAGACGCCAAAACCCGUAACUGGACCAGACGAUGGAGGCGGGGGCGAUGGUGGUGGCAGCGCCGGUGGGGAGGAGCCGAUAGCGCAGGCGCGCGCAACCCUUGACCCAGAUGACUUCCAGGACCGGCCUGCGGCCCCGCUGGCGCGGGAGCUGUCCUACACGCUGUGUGGGGAGCUGCUCAAAGAGGCAAUGACGGCACUGGAGUGCGGGCACACGUACUGCUACGACUGCAUUGAGGCGCGUGUGGAAAUCGGCGGCAACCACAACGUGUGCCCCGUGCCCGGCUGCGGCGCCGUGCUGGGCCCGAGCCCCUUCGACCACCACCGCCUGGUGUACGACAGCCUGCUGGACGGACUGGUGGCCAAGAUCUUCCCCCGGCCAGCUCUGGACGCUGCGCUGUCCAAGCGACGCAUGGAACGGGAGGCCGCGGUACGCGAGGCCCGCGCCGCCGUGAAUGGCUGGGGCUGUCUGAAGUCUCCGGCGGGCGGCGGCGGCCGGCCGCACUCGGCGUCGCCGUUCAGUGCUGCGGCAGCAGGCGCACGCAAUAAAUUGGACAGCGGGCACAAUAAAUCUGAGAGCGGGCGCCAUUAGCUGGGGGGCGGGCGGCAAGCAACGGCUGACACGUAAAAGAUGUGUGCGUUGCGGCAGCUGCCACGGCAACCAAACCAGCAGCGUGUACAGCAGGACAUUUUCAUUCUUCCGACUUCUCCACGUGCGUGCCUCACCUAAAUGCAGGCAUCUAAACCUUAGAGGCCUGGGCAGAAGCGGCUGGGUGUCGUUGUCAUCCCUUUGUUGUAGACCGUUCAGCUGGCGAUGAGCUUGCAAGCGGCGAAGCAGGCAACUUGCGAUCAUGGCCUGACCUGGCAUUGUGGGGCUGCCAUGUCACACCCCAGCGGGUUACCUAGCAUAGCGUGUCACCGUGCUGUGUUUAGCUGUGCCGAUGCGCGUACGGCAGACGGAAGGGCAAGACCCGGGGUGCCGUAAGAGGCUGUGAGGGGAGUUGCCGGUCGUGCCAGUCGCGUGUGUCGUGUGUUGAGUUCGUGGAACCGGGUGGCUGAGCCGUUGACUGGGCUCAGGCCGCCGCAUUUCCCAGUGUAUCGUGUGUAUGCUACGUUGCAUUAGCCUCGUGUGUUUGGGCGCCAGUCGUUAGCGGCCAGGCUUGACUGGUGGGCGGUGGCUGAACUGGCCCGCGUCCCAUGCGGAGAUAGCGAGGUUAACGCGUGAGAGAGCUCAAGCAAGCUUGUCUUUGCUUGAGCUACUUGAACGACCUUUCAUUUAGCGAUUUCAGAGUUAAAGACCCGUCAGAGCAGUCACGUUACAGACUGCGAACGCUUGUAAUAUACCGACGGAGCACGUAUUGUCCGUCACCCGCCUGUUCUGCUGGUCCGCGGAGCAAGGGACCAGAGCAGACCACAGCUCAAGCAAAGACCGCCUGCAAAGUGGGCGCGGCCCACAAAGUGGGCGAGGUCUUGCUCGAACGCCGAGUGCGUCUCGCCGACCGAUACCAGUGA